AAGACGCGUCUUGGAUUGCCGAUUGACGCGUCGCGCCGACGAACUGCUGAAGACCAUACCCUGCAGCUACUGAAAUGGACGUUGACCAGAUACCCACCGCGGCGAAGGGGAAGGGAAAGGCUGCGGACCACCCAUAUGACGAUGAUAGCUUGCCUUGGGUAGAGAAAUACAGACCAGUCACAUUGGACGAUGUUGUCUCGCAUAAGGAUAUCACUACAACGAUCGACAAGUUCAUCGAGAAGAACCGGCUGCCGCAUCUCCUGUUCUAUGGACCCCCUGGUACGGGAAAGACAUCUACAAUACUAGCGGUGGCGCGCAGGAUCUAUGGACCGGAGUAUCGCAAGCAGAUUUUGGAGCUGAACGCCUCGGAUGACCGUGGUAUCGACGUCGUUCGCGAGCAGAUCAAGCAAUUCGCGGAGACCCGCACACUCUUCUCCAAGGGCUUCAAGCUCGUCAUCCUCGACGAAGCCGACAUGAUGACCCAGGCCGCGCAAGCCGCUCUCCGUCGCGUCAUCGAGCAGUAUACGCGCAACGUUCGCUUCUGCAUCAUCUGCAACUACGUCGGGAAGAUCGCGCCUGCGAUUCAGAGUCGGUGUACGAGGUUUCGCUUCUCGCCCCUGCCUAUCAAGGAGGUGGAGAGACGGGUGGACUUGGUGAUCGAGGCGGAGGGCGUCACUAUCACCCCCGACGGCAAGGCUGCCCUCCUCCGCCUAGCGCGCGGCGACAUGAGACGCGUGCUCAAUGUCCUGCAAGCCUGCUAUGCCGCGUAUGAGAAGAUAACCGAGAACGAGGUUUAUGCCUGCACGGGCGCACCGCAUCCGGCAGAUAUCGAGACUAUCGUCAACUCGAUGUUGGGCGAUGAAUUCACGACGGCGUACGAGAUGAUCAGCAAGAUGAAGACUGAACGCGGUCUCGCGCUCCAGGAUCUAACUGCCGGCGCGUUCGACUACAUCGACACCAUCGAGCUCAAACCACAUGCCAGGAUAUACCUGCUCGACCACCUUGCGACGACAGAGCACCGACUAUCUACAGGCGGGAGUGAGAAGAUACAGAUGACUGCGCUGCUCGGGGCGUUCAAGAACGCGGUAGAGAUCUCAACACGGUAGUCUUCUCGCCCGUUACAUGAGCACUUGUGCCUUUGCGUUAAACCCAUGACAGCGGUCGAUUGUUCCUUUCGUUUGUUGUAGGCAUCUCUGCGGCUGCCGCAGUUCUUGCCAGUUGUUAUUGAGGAGGACUAACGUGGAAUACUUCCCUGUCGGGCGUCUGGAAUGGUCAUCUCGACUAUCUGGUAAGAUCAUCUUGAAGACGCCAGUGUCGUCGGCUGCAAGAUGCAUGCGACGCCAAGGUAUCUG